AUGUCUGCCUCUGAACUUGCUACUAGUUAUUCAGCUCUCAUUUUGGCUGACGAGGGUAUUGAAAUCACUUCUGACAAGCUCUUGUCUUUGACCAAGGCUGCCAAUGUCGAAGUUGAACCCAUCUGGGCUACCAUUUUCGCUAAGGCUCUUGAAGGCAAGGACCUUAAGGAACUUCUCUUAAACAUUGGUUCCGGUGCCGGUGCUGCUCCCGUUGCUGCCCCUGCCCCUGCUGCUGGUGAAGCUCCUGCUGCUGAGAAGAAGGAAGAGGCCAAGGCCGAAGAAGAAUCAGACGAAGAUAUGGGCUUCGGUUUGUUCGACUAA